GAUAUCCCAGUCUGCCCCCUUCGAGGAUUGCACCUGCGACCUGGGGAACAAGCAAAUAUGGCCAUCCGAUAUGGACAAUGUCGCCCGCUCCAAGAAGUCGUAUGGACAGGACGAGGUGACCAAUGGGUCACCCAAAUUGUCUAUGGCGCACGAUCGUGGGCUGUAGCGAUUAAGGUGGUCAACGGUAUAUGGAGUGGCAACAGAUUAUUCAGGAGAACACGUUGUCCGCGAAGGCAAGGGGAAGCGUAUGAACAACAGAUGCUUCGGGAUGCGGCUCCGCCUGCAGUCAUGGUUCCCAGGUACAAGUGGCCAACAAAGUUACUAGUGAGGCCAAGGCAACCUGAGCGAGCCCAGGUUACGAGGAUUGUGGAAGAGUUGCUACCGCAAAGAGACACCGAUGGCGUGGAAUUAGCUGAGGAUGCUAUGCUUGGGGCAUACUCCCCGAGCGUGAUUGGUUCGCUUAUGGCUGUCGGAGUUUCGCAGGAAUCUGUCACCCUGAAUGCCGACAUCCAGGAUGACGGAGAGGUUGCCAAUUCGGAAUCCUGUGGAGAAGUCCCAGACGAGAUGGUCCAGGGAUCUGAAUGUGACGUAUUCCAGGAUGACCUGAGCGCAGAGGACGAGGAUUUCGAGUUACCUUCGUCUGCCAUGUCUGGAACACCACUCGCAAGACUUGAUGCGGUAUAUGCCAGGUGUAUGCGAGUGAGCGCUGAAGAACUCGAUUUGGAACCAGCAGUUUAUAUUCGCGAAGGGAGUGAGCUCAUGUCCCAAUUGAAAGAUCAGUUAGUUAUGCUACCUGACUUGGAGGAUCUCUCUCCUGAAUGUGACAUUGAGGCCGCUGACGUUGGGGAACCUGGUGAGAGCACGGGGGCUCAGGAAAAGCAGCUGAAGUCCAUCCUGAAAAGACACAAGAGGAUCUUCUUAGGUGACGGGAACGCUGCCCCGCCCCCAGCGAGGGGCGCCAUCUGUGAUUUAGAUGUGGGUGAUGCCAGGCCAGUUGCCCAACGACCCCGAUCGGUUGGUCCACACUUAGCAAUCAAGGUGUACGAAUUGCUGAAGAAGCUCCUGGAGGCUACACUGAUUGAACACUUUGAAUCACCAUGGGCAUCACCAAUCGUGAUCGUACUCAAAUAG